AGAAAUAAUACUUAUAUAUUUAAACAAAUGCUUUCAGAUAGACUUAAUUUUUUUGCAAAUUUUUAUUUACUCGACCCUGUUCAGAUUAGGUGACGCGUUAGGUUCUCACGCUGGAUAGGAAAAGACCAGACCUCCAUAAAGCCAGAUCAUAGUUUGCUCAGACCAUUGUUGAGCCCGCCAGAGGAAGUAUAAAUAGUGCUGCCAAAACACUAGAACAGCAUCAGUUGAUCACACUCAGUAGUUGCCAGUCAUUAUCACAAUGAAGUACUCCUGCGUUCUGCUCCUUUUGGCCACUGUCGCCUGUUUCCUGGUGAGCCUGUCCAGUGCCAGUACCACAACCACAACUACAGAUGCCACCACGACCACAACGACCACCGCCUCGUCUUCGGACACCACUACCACGACAACUUCGUCCUCGGACACCACGACCACCACUGAAGCGUCCUCUUCCAAGAAGAAGAAACAUGUGAUCCACUAUAAGCGCAAGGUGCACCGCCCCAAGAAGGUCAGGAAGAUCCGGCGCAACCGCAACCGCAGCGGUUAAACUGCUUGAGUAAACCCACCACCUGAUCCAACCCACUUCCCCGAUACCCAAGAUCCCGAUUCCCGAUUCACAAAUAGCUUUAUAAUUUUACCUUAUUUGCAUUAUGGCAUUAAUAAAAUAAUAUAUCAAAAAAUGUUUCUUUUGCUUUGUAUACAUGGAGCAAUUUAACUUUCGAACAUAUUAAAACAAAUUAAAAUU